AUGAACGCCAGCGGGAUGCAACCGCCAAUUAGAGGCUGUCAGGUUAUGUUGUUGUCGUUAUCUGAUCGAACAGAAGAGGCGAAGGUUCAAUUCGUGGUUGCGGCACAAAAGAAAGCAAUGAAGAAGUUGAUUGAAGCAGUCGAGAAAGGGGGGUUCAGUAAGAAGAGCGCCCUCUUGGACGAAGAGAAAAGAUUCGACUGGUUCGAGCAGUGUUCAAGAAUUUUCAUGUGGACUCCGCUUGGCGAGAGUAAUACUAUGGGCGAAACACUGGCAAUGCGUGACCUCAAAGACUAUCUCGAGUUCGUGGACCCAGACGACGAGUUCUCCCACGUUUCCGAUCAGGUUUGUCGUGAGAGCGUCAGUCGGGGAAUGUCGGAGGUGCGGAAGGCAAUGAAGAAGGUAGGUAGCUCCGGUAAUUGGUCACUGGAAGAGAAGGAACCGCUGACCGUCACAAGCUACAGACAUCUCACACCUGAUGAGCUGGAGCGUCUCCGCGGCUCUGCACCAGAGGAGUGGCUGGCGCUGAUACCAGAAGCCCCCCCCGCCGUCACAUAUUCGACAUUGUUGAUGUUGAGUACGGCCUGA